GAAGUAUCUUGUGCAGCAGUCGGGCUCAAUUUGGAAGUAUUCUGUGCUGGAAUGGGCGACUUCAAACUGCAGCUCGAACCUUCGGACAAAAUCAUCUUCAGCGGAAAAAAACUCGGCGAAGAAGCAACGCCGGCAAGCAUCAAGAUCACCAAUACGCUAAAAGAAAGAAUAGCGUAUAAGGUGAAAUGCACAUCAAACGAAAUGUUUCGCAUUCGGCCACCGGUUGGCGCACUGAAACCGGACGAUUCUGUCACUGUCUCUCUAACAUUUAAUGCUGGUAAAACUGUUCCUGACAGCGGAAAGCAUUAUUUUGCAGUUUACUACAUCAAAGCACCUGACGAAAAGAAAGCCCCAAGAGCAACAUGGGCAGAUCAUAAGGGAGACCCGGAAGGAACAAAACGCCUUUAUAUAGAUUUCAAGAAGGAGGGUGAGGAAGAAAAGAAAGAGGAGAAGAAAGAAGAGGAAAAGAAGGAGGAGAAGAAAGAGGAAGAGAAGAAAGAGGAGAAGAAGGACGAGGAGAAGAAAGACGAGAAGAAAGAUGAAGAGAAGAAAGAGGAAAAGAAGGAUGAGGAGAAGAAGGAAGAGAAGAAGGAUGAGGAAAAGAAGGAGGAAGAAAAGAAGUGAAGUUAUCUCCCACCUGAAGUUCUAGAUUUGAUGGCCGUCAUUAAAAAUUAUAUAAAUGAUGUGCAUGAGUAAAUUGUUUACGUGGGAAUGAAGGAAUUACGGC